UACAGACCUGCUUCACUGACCAUGAAGUAAACCCCCUACUGGUGGGGAUCGGGGCUUGAACUGGAAUCCUGAUGCCAGUCCCCUUGGCCUGCCUGCAGAUACACAAGGAAAAUCUAGAAGGCAGUGGCCACAUAACAGGUGGCAAGGGCCGGCCUGCAGCUACCAGAAAAUCCGGGCUGAACAAGUGGUGCAGAGCCGGCUGGUGAAUUUGCCAGCGGAACCCAUGCGCUCGUAGUCGCAGUUGCACCAGUCGCAGUCGCAAUAGCACAACAGGCGGGGAAGUGCGCGUGGAGGCGCUUCCGGCGGUAUAGGAAGCACUAGCUUUGCUAAAUUCUGGGGCGGGGCCUGCAAGUCUCAUCUGCUGCUUCCAAUCCCCUCGGGAGUCACCGAGGAGCCCGAGGUUCCCGCGCGAUUUCCUGGAGGCGCGUUGCAGGCAGGCGGAAUAGCCUGCUUGUCUCAGGUUCAGACGUGCCUUGGUGGGACGUGCCUUUCGCGCAUGACUGGCCCUGCACGACCCCUGGUUACUGGAGCUUAAAAAGGGGGCCAGGGCGAAGAUCGGAUUAAAUAAGAUUCCUCUGCGGACUCAGUGCCCUUAAUUUCUGCAAGCCUAUACUGUAAAAAAAAAAAAAAUGAAGAAAUUAAGGCUUAAAGAACUAGAGAGUCGCCUGCAACAAGUAGAUGGAUUUGAAAAGCCCAAACUGCUUCUAGAACAGUACCCGACCCGGCCGCACAUUGCAGCCUGUAUGCUGUAUACAAUUCACAAUACGUACAAUGACAUUGAAAACAAGCUUAUCGCAGAUCUAGGAUGUGGUUGUGGAGUGCUUACCAUCGGAUCUGCAAUGUUAGGAGCAGGGUUGUGUGUUGGAUUUGACAUAGAUGAAGAUGCACUGGAAAUAUUUAAUAGGAAUGUGGAGGAGUUUGAGUUAGCCAAUGUUGAAAUGAUUCAAUGUGAUGUGUGCUCAUUACCUAGCAGAAUGUCCAAGUCAUUUGACACAGUAAUUAUGAAUCCUCCAUUUGGGACCAAAAAUAAUAAAGGGACAGACAUGGUCUUUCUGAAGACUGCUUUGGAAAUGGCAAGAACAGCAGUAUAUUCGCUACACAAAUCCUCAACUAGAGAAAACUUCGGUAUGACCUGCCAGCAUCAUACAAAUUCCAUAAAAAGAAAUCAGUGGACAUUGAAGUGGACCUAAUUCGUCUUUCUUUUUGAAAGUCUUCCCCCAAAAAGCGGCAAAGCUUAGUUAAAAUGAAUUUUAAAAAUUUAUUUACUAUUGGUCUCCAGCACCAUUUUCUGUUUUCUGUUGUUUUGAUGCAGGUUCAUCUUUGUCUAGGUCUUCUCUUGCUCUUUUUACUGGCCCUACAAUGACAAAUUAAUCUUUGUUAAUUCACUAGAAGCAUUCUAUUUUAAUAUUGAGUAUAAUUACAGUGAUAAUGGUUCAUUUACUUCAGACCUCAUGUCUAUUUGCUUUAAAAAGAAAAAAAAAAACAUUUGUUCAGUGGGAAAGCAAGUACAGAAGCCAGACCUUCCACCUUCUGUACCCCACAGUGAUCCUGGGUCCAUAGGAAAGCUAUCAAGGGAGGGAUUGACUGGAAAUGGAGUUGUGGUGGUGUGAACUGUGCGGAAUUGUACCCCUCUUAUCCUAUGGUCUUGUCAAUAUUUCCAUUUUAUAAAUAAAACAAAAAAAUUUGUAUUUUA